AUGCAGGAUCAGCUGGACGCGUACCGAGACGCGGUGGACGAGCAGACUCUGGAGAUCACGCAGCUGCACGCCAAGGUGGAGCAGCUGGAGCAGGAGAAGGUGAGUGUGGAGGCCAAGUUGAUCGAGAUGGACGAGCGGGAGAGCGACGUGGACGCGCUGAUGAACGAUGCCAAAGCCAAGUUUGAGAUGGAGAAGGCCGUGCUGCUUGCUGAGCUGGAUGAGAUGCGGCGCAAGUUGAAGCAGCAGCAAAUGCUGCAUGAACAACAGCAACAGCAAGUCCAGGACAGUAAGAAGGCGCUGCAAGAGGAAGAAGAGGAAGAUACAGUUCGUGGUGGUGCUAGUGCGCCCAUGGAAGAUCUGGAGAAGCAGCUUGAAAUGCUGCAAGAAUUGCGCAUCCGGGACAAGAGCACCAUUCUGGAGCUGAAUCAGCGCAUCCUCCAGCAGCAGAGUGACCUGGAAAGUCUUGCAGAGCAUUUAAAUGUCGACGCAGUGGUGGAGAGCGCUGUUCAGAGCGCACUGCAGAAGCAGAAAUCAAAGCUGGAAGGUUUCGAGCAAGAAAACACAACCCUGAAGCGGCGUCUGAAGGAACAGCGUGAGCUCGUGCAGGACUUGGAGCUUCGACAGGGUAUCGUUGAGAAGCAGCUUGUUGAGGCGGAGGAAUGGAAUGCCAGAUACGAACAGCAGGCUGGGUUGGAGGACGUUGUAAAGUAUCAGAAGAAAUUGCGUGCACAGCUUGAGCAGCAGCAGCAAAUGAACAUCAAGCUGCGUCAAGAACUCAAUGAGCAAGUGGACGCAGCUGGUAAGCUGCAUGUGGCGUUCGAGCGCUUGAAGGCCGAAGUGGGCAAACCUGCCACAUUCGAGUACGAUGAUCUUGCGAUUGCAGAUCACUUAAAGGGUCAGCUAGCGAUUAACGAAGCAGUCAUGAAGCAGAUGGAAACCCAGAUUCAUGAGCUGGAGGCGGAAAGACUGCGGUUUCUGCAGAAACUAAGAGACCAAGCGCGCCUCACUGGCCACAAGCUCUACGAGCAGCAUGGGCUGACUACAGAACAGUGGAGUGCCGUUGAAGAGUUUAUUGAUCGCGUAAAACACACACCUGAGGUGGCCAAACGUCUUCUGCAGACUGAAUCUGACGUCGAUGUUAUCGAGGAACUCGAACGAAAACUUGACAUCAGGAGCGAAGAAAACGCGCUACUACUGAAAGACAUCGAACAACUCCACAAUGAAUUAGAGAUUGCGCAAGGUGAACUGCUGCGGGCCCUUGAAUCGGUCAAGGCGAAGUCUCAACGGCAAGAAGGAGUAAUCUACCACCUGCGAGCUGAAAUCGCGUCGUUGCGAAAGGAACGCGAGCAAAAGAGUAGCAAGAAGGACGCCCCCGCAGCACGAACUGAACAACUCGCAACAGAACCAAAGCAAUCAUCCUCGCCUGUUAGUCCGGAUUGCAAACCUCGUGAUGUGUGGACUGAUCAUGCUGAUAAUAUUGCGCUGGUUGUCGCGAAAGCCAUCGAAGCGCAGUUUGCCAUUCUUCAAGCUCAGAGGGGUUCGUUAUUGCCUUCUACGACGCCGGAUGCUCCAGUUAAAACUAUCGUUCGAGACGAAACGUCUCCACGCUCGCCACUACCUCGUGCGACGGUCGAUAAUAUCGCUUUUGAGAGCGAGGACGAAAUGGUCCAGCAGAUUGACUUUCUGCGGGAGUUAAACUUGUGCCUAGACGAGUUAGUGGCAACGGAGGCACGUAAUGAAGAACUUCAGCAGCAACUACGUCAGCAUGAAGAGGUAUUCCAGUCUCUUAUGGACCAGCACACGAUUUUGUACCAGCAUUUCUUCCAGAUGCAUACGCAAUACGCCAACGCGGAGAUCAAGCUCCGUAACGAACUGGAAGAGAAGGCACAAGAAAACAAGGACUUCAAGAUCAAGUGCCAACGGUAUGAAGCUGGCUUGCAUCUGCUCGGAGUUCAAAAUGAGCAGAGUGGAACAAUGUCAAGUGACGCACUUAUCAGUGGGAACGAAGCACAAUUGCGAUCGGAAGUAAUUGAGCUGACCCGAAAGAUUGCAGCUUAUGAAGUGAACGAAGCGCGACUCAAACGGAAGUACCAGCAGCUUCAUAACGAAUGGCGCAGCAGUACAGAUCACAACAAAUUGCUACAGCGCGAGUGGAGUGAGAUGGAAAAGACGCUGAAGUAUCGGGUUCUGUACCUGGAGACGUGGAAGCAAGGGGCUGACGAGAUGAUUGAACGCAUGGAGAAAACGCUUGAAAAGAGUGUUUUGCGCGAAUUUGCCGACAAACAGCAGCGUGCAAUGACCGGUGUCCUGAAGAAGUACAACGCACUCAGUGAGACCUAUGCAGAGAUGCAUGCGAGGUAUCUAGAGAUGUACGAUUUGCCAGCACAGCUGAGCCGAACUCAGCACAGCCUCAUGGUGUUGCAAGCGGAGAAAAGUGCAAGAAGUGGUGCUGGGAGUAGCGAAGGCGGCGAUCCAGUAGUCCUUCAGGAUCGUAUAGGUCAGCUGGAAAACGAGUUGCGCGUGCAAAUCGAUCGCAACACGCUUUUGUACGAGAGAAUCAACGAGGUCGAGCAGCUCUAUGAAAGCCUCGCGCUGGAGUGUGCUAAGUAUAAGGACAUUGCCUCGCUAGCAGCAUCUCAAGCGAAUGUGCUGACGAAGCGAGCUGCUCAAAAUCAAGGCAAUCGAGAGCAGCAAGAGGAACAGCUGCGCGACUUGAUGGCGUCCUCGGAAGAUCACGCCAUUGUAGGAGAACUUCAACACCAGCUGAUGCAGAUUAAGACAACUUACCAGCAGUUCCUGGUGCAGUACGACCUAGUAACCGAAGCACAGCAGCAGCCACUGUUGAAGAAUCAACGACUUGAGCUCGAGAUGGAGAAAAAAGCUCAAGAGUUGUCGGCUAUUCGCGAAAGAACAAGUGAUAGAGCUCAAGUUCUGGAGAACGCAAUAGCGCAAGUGAAGGAGCGUGACUGGACGGCGCGGAACACGAAAUGGGAAGCUUUCCGGAAGCGCUUGGAUGCCCUGGAGGAUGAAAUAUUAGUCGAGCAGCAGCGCCGUAAGCAGCUGGAGAAAGAUUUGGAGGACAAACAAGCACAGCUGCCUUUGCUUGAAUUGAAACAGCAACGGGGUAACCAAAGUGAAGUUGGGCGUCUGAAAAGCCGUGUAGACGCCCUUGAAACUCGAGAACGAUUGCUCAUGGGGCAGCUUGAAGCUGCGAUGAAGGCGACAGGGUCCAAAGAGAAGGAAAUCCGGCUGCAGACAGAGCUGAGUGAGACAAAGACACUGAAUGAAGACCUCAUGCGUCAAGUAGAGACUGUUCAAGCUCGCGUCUCGGAAUUGCUACGGCUAAAUGGUGAGCUGGAAUCUGAGAAACGUGAGCUUCGUUGCAAGUACGAAGAUCUGGAGCUGGACUUGCAGUACGCUCGGUCCGGGCUCACAGGCGGAGAAAAGAGAGUGUCCGAUAACCAGCGAGAAUCGGAGCGCGGAAGCCAUUCCCCGUUGAUGCGGCAGAAGGUCGGAUUGUAUGAAAAGGAUCAGGCGGAGUUGCAGCAGGCCGCUCAGGCGACUAUCGCAAGCCUAAAGCAACUCGUCGAGGAGAAGAAUACGCUGAUCAACGAAUAUCAGCGAAAGCUUGCAGUUGUACGAGCGUCGAGUGCCCAGGACAAGGCGCAGGAUCGACUGGAAACUACCCAACUGAACAAAAAGCUCUAUGAAGAGAACCAACGCAUGAUUGGACAGCUGAAGGAGGCCAUGAGUACUAUCAGCAGUAUGGAGAGAUCGGGCAAGAGUAAGCAGGCUCUGCAAGCUGCACAAGAGCGGCAUGAUCAUGUGCUGCAGGAGUGGAAGCAAGCCGAGGUGGCAUUGGAGGGUGCUAAGCAGUCUAUUCGCGAGCUUCAGAUGGAGCGAGAAGUGCUGCGGAACGAGAGGGACCUCGCUGAGGCUCGUGCGGGCGAGGCGCUGGAAGAGAUCGUGCUGCUGAAAGAAAAGGUCGUAGAGUGCGAGAAGCACAGCCAGAAGUUGGAGCACCAGCUCACUUUCGUCAAGCGCGAUAUCGCGAAGAAGGAGGAGAAACUGAAGCUGUUGCGUGACGCAAUCAUUAAGCUGAAGGAAGAGUUCCUCAAGGCUGAAGAUCGCCACGCAAUCGAGAUUGCCAAGGCUCAGCAUGCGAUGAAUCAAGAUUUCAGUGCCCGGAAGCGGAAAGAGAAGGAGCGGCGCGAGGAGGAAGAAGACGAGUGGCGUGAGGAGAAGACGCGACUGCAGAGCCAGGUGCAAGUGCUUCAGGAAAAGCUGGCUUUACUGAAGAAAAAGCAUGACCAGCAGCAGCGCCGCAAGAAGAAACUAGAAAACGAGGAGAAGGAAGAGAAAGAGAGUACUUCCGAGGCUGAUCUCCACAUUUUGAAGGAGGAAGUCGAGCGUUUGAAGCGUCUGCUGAAGGACAAGGUGGUGAGUGAAGCGCGAGCUGUGGAAGAGCUGGAGAAGAAGAUCAAGCUUCUGCAGGCCCAGAAUCUUGCGUUGCGCGAGGCAGCCACUCACGCAGCACCGGCGCCACCAACUACAGCUGAUGAGAAGAGCACACGCGAGAAACUGGACGGGGAACGGAAGCUUCAGCGUCGUGUGGACAUUCUGAUGCUGCGCCUCAAAGAGAAGCAGGCGGAUGUGACCAGUAAAGACAGCGAGCUCGAGCGUUGCAACGAGCGGAUAUCGAAGAUGGAGUCGGAGUUGCAGUCGCAGCAGGCGAGAUUCGAGAAGGAGCGUUUAACGCAGGCAAGUGCUGUGCCUACUGUUGCAGCUAUGCCAAUCAAGCAACAACUCGAGGAGCUAGAGCGUCAAAACGCCUUCCUUCAGGAGACACUGGCGCUGAAACGCAAGGAAUGGGAGGAGUCUUUCACAACGCAGAUGGAGAAGUACGAGGCUCAGUUGCAGCGCCUUCGUCGGCGACUUGUACAGCACGGAAUAUCCUCACACGACGAUGACAGUAAUGAUGACGACACCGGAGACACAAAAGGACAAGGGCCUAACUCGCGGCUGCAACGCGAAGAGCAGCGUUUCCUCGUUGGGCAGGAAGUUCGAGAGGAGCUCCUUGCUCUUGGUGACGAGUUGCGUAGUAAGGAACAGGAAAUGGUGGUGAAAGACACGAAGCUGCUCGAGCUUGAGCUGGAGGUCGAAAGUCUGCGUCUUGAAUACAAGCGGCUUCAGCGGAAGAAUCAACACAGUGGUGGGUCUACGGGUAACGACGACACGCCGAAACAGCGUCGUGCUGCAAAGGGUGGCCGGGGGUCUUCAUGGGCGACACAAGAGCGCCUGGAGCUCGAGGAGGUGAUCGAGAACAUGAAGAAAGUGAUCGAAAAGUUGCGUGCAGAGAACGAAAAGCUCAAGAAGGCAGCGGCAAAGCAGGCUCUUGUGUCUCCCGAGCGAGUGGAUGCAAUGCGACGCAAGCUGAAAGAGCAGAAGGAAGCACGAGAGCGGCUCGAGGCUCAGCUGGAGAAGUUGCAGCAUGAAAACGGUGAGCUGAAGGACAAGCUGAAGCUGCAGCAAAAGCUUCGUGCCAAAACCGCUUCAUCGAGCUCUACCAAGAACGAAAGCAACGCCCUCGAGCUUCAGGUUCAAGAGAAGGAUCGGCAAUUGCUCAAGGGUGAGCAAGAGCUCGCCGAACUGCGGCAUCAGGUGCUGCAACUUGAGCUGCAGCUUGAACGUAGCGCCAAUGACGCCAACGAUGAAGAGGAUGAGCAGAUCAAGCAUGAGCAAGAAGAACGCAUCAAAGACCUGCAAGCCCAAGUGCUUGAACUGGAAGACGAAAACACGAAGCUAACCAAUGAAUUAGCGGCGUUUGACGAAGACUUCUUCGAGGAAAUCGAAGACCUCAAGUACAAAUACGCGCAGGCUGUACGCGAUAAGCGCCAGCUGGAGAAACUCCUUGCUGGAGGCGCGUCGCCCGCGUCCACGUCUUCACGCCGCAGUAAGAGAAGCUAG